AUGAGCAAAAGCGCAUUCGUUCCAAGCGAUCUACUCAACUAUGAGGAUCUAAAUGAUCUUAACUUUGCAGAAGAUCCAUUUGAUCACUAUUUCAAAUCAUUGCUAAGUCCAAAGUCGACUUUCUACUCCUUCGAGGGUCCAGACAAAAUAAUUGAUUUGUCUGUUGAAAGUACAAAUAAUUCCAACUUUAGCUCCGAAACCUUGAACGGUGAUGAGAUUUCAACUUCUGUACCUUCCUUUGAUCCAAACAUCAAGUAUUCAGAUUUGAAAAUCUUCCAGGAUAAGCAAUUUAAUAUCAGUUGGGAUGAAUCCACUGUCAAUUUUGAUAGUGAUCAAACUGCAGAUCAUGUUCCCUGCUUCAAUGAAAAUAAAUCUGAAGUUGAAGAAACUUCACACCAACAUUUCUUCAAGUUCCUCGAAGCAGAGACUGGCAUAGAAUUCAACGAUCUCAUUCCAAAGGCACAGGUAGAAAGUGUUUCUGAUUUUACGAAACCACUUAAAGGAGAAUCUGAGGCUCAAGGCUUCCAAAAUGAACUAGAACUAGAUUUUACCGACUUUGAGUUCACUGCUUUUCCAGGAAUGGAGGAUAUUUUUAACUUUUCGAAGAGCCAGGCUGAUGUUGACGAAUCUACCCUUUGCAGUAACUUUCCAGUCGAUUUUCCCAGUAUCGGUUCCAAUAUUAAUAAUUUGUGGAACUAUCCUACUGGAAGUGGUGAUUUACUUGACGAACGUUUUACAAUGGAGCACGAACCAGCUUUGGAAAGAGAAGGUAAUUUGAAGCGGGAGCCUGAGAUUGAGCUGACUAGAUUUUGUGCUGGAGUAGCAAGUACUCCCUCUGUAUUACCACCAGCAGAUCCAAUCCCGAAUGCAAUUAAAAGGUCACCAAACCAGAGCCAUUCUCCUCCAAAGAGAAUGCAUGCAAUUGGUAAAGUUAAGCUGCGCCGUGGUAGCUACAAUGAACAAAAAAGAAUUCCUUUAGAUUACUCAAAAGUUAAGCUUGACAACUUGAUCGUACAAACAAACAAUCUUAGAAACUUUGCAUACGUCAAACCUCCUAUGCCAAUUGAAGAAUUGGUCAGAAAUAAGGUAAUUAGAUUUAAAACUAGUGAUAAUAAUCGUAUCACUCAAAUCAAGAGAACAAGGUACAUUCGGAGCGAUCUUUCGAGCCUUGCCUCAUUGUAUCACAAUGUUCGAUAUGAGAAAAAUCCUUGUUUUGGAUUAGAUCGGCCAUACGAGCCUGAAUUUAUCAGCUAUGAAGUCGAUACUACAACUGAACUUCCUUUUAAUGAAACAAGAUGUGGAUUGUGUCCCUACUGCCCUGACUUAAAGUUUAGGAACUUUAAGACAUCAACCUACUCGCAGCAUCUAGCGUUAUGGCAUGGAAUCCACACCGAUAAUUAUUUGACACCUAACCCUUCGCAUUACGGGGUUUACAAGCUCUCGAAGGACAAGAAUAUCGAAAAAAGAAAAACAGUCGCUCACUUGGCAAGUAAGAAUGGAGUCGUAUGCCCAGUUUGCCAUGAUAUUAUUGAAACAGAGUGCUCAAAAUCAACAUUGGACAAGCCAUUGAGUGGCUACCUCAGACACUUUAGAGAUCACCACAGAAGAUCUAAUUUUAAGUGGGAUCCUUACCAGUACUUCACAAUCACUGUAGAGUGA